AUGGUGAAUUUUAAAAUUGGCCUAGGAUCUAACCAAGGAAUUAGCACCAAUAGCUCUUGUAUGAACAGUUUCUAUGUCUUUUCUGAUGAUGAAAUCAAUAUCUGCAUAAGAAAUUAUAACUUACAGGUAUCAGAGUAUCAUAGAAAUUACACCAGAAAUGAUGAAUCUGUCAACCAAACUCAACAAAGAGAAACAAAGCCUACUUUUAAAACUACUGCAACCCAGACAAUGACUUGUUCACUUGAGGACAGAAUCUCAAAUCUUGAAUUCAUUAUAAAUACGCUGGUUUCAAAACUACAAGGAAGUGCAAUUUCAUUUAACCCUCAAAUAAACUCUACUGAAAUAACUCAAGAAUCUACUCCUUUGAGAGAUGUGCCAAAUAUAAGCACAUAUAAUCAUUUUGAAGCUCUUGAAAUUGAGGAAAACAACGACCUUACCAUCAAUGAGGACCAACCGCAAGUUAACACAGCUGUCCAAAACUUAAACACAAGCUAUGCAAAUGUACAACCUGAGUUUCAUCCUACUGUAAUCCCACAUCAAGUAUUCAACAAAGAAACUCUGAUCAUAGGUGAUUCAAUGUUAAAACAUAUAAAGACACGAGGACUAUGGAAUGCAUCUGUGAAAACACUGCGGGGAUACACAGUGCAACAAGUAUCAUCAGCACUGAAAGAACUAGAUGUGAGCCAAGUAAAAAAUGUGAUUGUACAUGCCGGAACAAAUGAUUGCAGCAACUUAAAUUACAACAAAGAGGAACUAAUGAAGGAUUACAAUGAACUUAUUUCAAGCUUAAAACCCAGAAUAUCAGGAAAGGUGUUUUUGUCUGGAAUCUGUCCCCGUCUUGAUGACCCGCAUAUCAAUGUGCGUGUACUGGAAACAAAUGAAGAGCUCAAGUCAAGAUACAAAGAUGACUUCAUUGACAACUCUAAAGCUUUCUUAUGCAGAUAUGGUCUGGAUGCUUCCAAAUUUGUAUAUCAUGGCCUUCAUCUCAACAAAUAUGGAACCUUUGCUCUAAUCAAAAGCCUAAAUUCAAAAAUUCAAAUCAUAAGGCCAAAAAGAAACAACCUUCAAGAAUCAUCAUCAACUUACUGCUAUUUUUGUGCAGAAAGUGGUCAUACCCGUCGUGUAUGUCACCAUGGUCAGCCUGUAACCUGCUGGUCAUGCAAUUCAGUGGGACACAAGUCUAAAUUCUGCGAGAUACAACAAUGAAAAGAAGGCGAGGAAGCUGAUGCCGAAUUGAAACUUAAUGAUAAUGAGGAAUCCUUCCACCUGGAAAUGUUAUUUACUUUGGACACUUUAAAUACUAAGGACAAACACUCAACAAAUAUCAACGGAAAAAAUGAUGAGCUAUCCAAAACUUCACUAAGUACUUCUAACAUUUUUUCAGAAAACCAUAAGAUUUUUAUGAACAAAGGGUUAAGUGUAAUUGGACUUAAUAUUGUGACACUUCCGGGUAAAUUUGAUGAACUUAAACAUCUUCUUUUAAACAAUACAAUAGAUAUAGUUGCUUUGAAUGAAACCCGCCUAAAUAAU